AAAGUAGGAAAAGUGCGGAAGUGAUGUCACUGCAUGUCUUUAUAGCCUAGCCUACUCUUUACUCUGACAGUGAAACUGAAAGAACAGUAAUAUAAGAAAGAAAAGAAACUAAGAUUGUUUCACAAUAUGGCUAUGAACUGCCGAAUAGAUGAUGUAAUGGGACUUUGCUGUAAGAUAUCAGAAAACAGGAAAAUAAAAGCAACAGUACAGAACUCUGCGAAAGGAGGAGUAACAGCUGGAGGAGGGGCUUUUAUAGGGGGACUGCUUGGAGGACCACCCGGUAUUUUUUUUGGUGCGACUAUAGGAGGUGCACUCGGAUGGUGGAUGACCAGUGGCAAAUUCCAACCUCUUCAUCAGAUCAUAAUUGAGCUUCCUCCUCGACAGAAAAAGAAACUCUAUGAUGAUGUCAUGGCUGUAUUAGGGAAACUGGACUGGAUAGAUCUUGCUCAACUACUUGUUCUUGUAAUGGGGAACUCCUCGCUGCAAAUGCAUGUACUUAGUACCAUUCUCUCUUUUGCCACAAAAGAGCUCGGAGCCAAAGUACAGUAUGAAGAUUAGGAUACUGGAGUGUAAAUGUCAGUUUUACAGUUUAUUUCAGAGAUAUUCAGAUUUUCAGGCUGCAUUUUUUAGAAACACUUACAAUAAAAUAGUACAUUUAUUGCCCAAGAGUAAUUGAGAAAUAAUCUUCUACAGGCCAAAACCUGUUUAAAUUCAUCUAAAUUUAUGCAUUAGUUUUGUUGAAAGAAUUUCUAAAUCCAAAUAAUAAACAAUACAUUGUUA